AUAACAAACAUGGCGGCGGGGAGAAGCUAACGAAGAGGAAGAGCUGCAUCAAAAUCAAAACAUUUUACCUAUUUUAUCAAACUAACAGCUCCCGUUUUGAAUUCAGGGCUUCAGAAUGGAACCUGCUCUAUUCGCCGAAGACAUAUCCGAGAGGAACGUGGCAAUUGUUGGCUCGGAGUUGGUGGAAAACUACACGGUUUACAUUAUUGAGGUGACUGAUGGGUUGCACAGAUGGACUGUCAAACACAGAUACAGUGACUUUCACGAGCUCCACGAGAAGUUAACAGCAGAGAACAAAGUGGACAGGCGCCUGCUGCCCCCAAAGAAGAUUUUGGGUAAAAAUUCUAAAAGUUUGGUGGAACGUCGGCAGAAGGACCUGGAGCAGUAUCUUCAGACUCUGUUACUGCAGUUUCCUCAGGCCACACCUCCUCCACUCUCAUGCUUCCUGCACCUGCAGCUCUAUGAGAUCAACGGGAUCACAGCUGCGUUAGCAGAGGAGCUCUUUCACAAAGGUGAGCAGUUACUUCAGGCAGGACAGGUGUUCUCACUGCGCCCCUUACAGCUCUACUCAGUCACUCAGCAGCUGCGCCUGGCCAAACCCACCUGCUUCACUGGAGAUACCAAAACAGACCUGGGACACAUCCUGGACUUCACUUGCCGCCUCAAGUACCUCAAGAUCAGUGGCACCAGGGAGCCUGUUGGGAGCAGCAACAUCCAGGAGAAAAUCCUCCCGUUUGACCUGUCCAUCUUCAAAUCUCUGCUGCAGAUAGAGAUAUGUGAGUGCAGUUCGCAGCAGAUCUCUGGUUUGUUGUCUCUGAGAAAAACUUUGGCCACGAUGAGCGUCCACCAUUCAACUGACUCCAUGGCUUUGGUACUGGUGCCAGAGGCUAGUGAGUUCCCCCAGUGGGAGCCAGAGGGUGCUGUGUCUGUGUGUCCUGUGACUGCAGUGGUCCCUGUUUGGAGAAGUCUGACUACUUUAGACCUGAGCCACAACAACAUCAGUGCAGUUGACUCCUCUGUGAAACUCAUUCCCAAAGUGGAGUUUUUGGAUCUGAGCCACAACCAGCUGACAUCAGUUGAAAACCUCCAGCACCUGUACAGCCUGGUUCAUGUGGAUCUGUCCUUUAACUGUCUCUGCUCUCUGGAUGCGGCGCACACUCGUCUGGGAAACAUCAAAACUUUGGGUUUGUCCGGGAACCAGCUCAGCAGCCUUCAGGGCCUCAGCAAACUUUACUCUUUAGUCAAUCUGGACCUCAGUCGCAACCAGCUCGCACAGUUGGAGGAGAUCAGGAACAUUGGGUCGUUGCCCUGCCUGGAAAAACUGAACCUGACAGACAAUCCCAUGUGCAUCAUCCCAGAUUACAGGACCAAAGUGCUGGCACAGUUUGGGGACAGAGCGGCGGAGGUUUGUUUAGAUGGAAAAACUACAACAGAAAAGGAGCUUGACACAGUGGAGGUGCUAAAAGCCAUUCAGAAAGCCAAAGAAGUGAAAGACCGCAAAAACAACAGCAGCAGCACUGAGAAAAAGCUGCCGGCCCUCCCCAGCCAAGUGGUAACGAGCAGCACAGAGGAGACAGCGGUAGCUCCCAGUGUUCUACCCAAAAUGGAUGCCGGUCCUUCUUCAAACAUCCCCAAAAUCCACACCACCCUUGCUCCUGCUUCUGUGGACCAGAUCCAAACUCAGGGUGAACACUGCGGAGCUCCCUCUGCUCCUGUUUGCUGCUUCUGCUCGCCCCCCACCCCUUACACACCACCCUCCUGUUUCUUCUGCAAUGCCCCCUUCUGUCCACUGCUGCCCUCUCAACUCCUCUCUCUCUGUGCACACAAAGACUUUAUUUCUCAGCUGUCUUUCCAUCUCAGCUCUGCUCUGAAUGAGGACACUGGAGGGAAGGAGGCAGAGCUACAGAGGGAAGAGGAGCCAAUAGUUCAGCAUGAAAAAACUGAGCUUAAUAAGUCAAGUCCAAGCUCAAGGGACGGAUAUUUCGAGAUGGGUUUGGACGACUCACUGGAGGAGUCCUCUUCCACCGCACUUCCUGUGACGGUCCCCUCACUUCCUGUGGAGGAGGUCCAAUGGGGGGUGCCCUGUGAGCAGGUGGAGGUGCGUAAGGCCAUCUGGUGCAUCUGCCUCCAGGUAAAGAGUGAAGAAGAGGAAAUGCAACUGAACACGGGCUGUUUGGUGAUGACUGAGCACGUUCUAGGGCUGUUCUUCCUGUCACAUGACUUCAGUCUCAUCAAACAGGACACAGACCCCAUUGUCUUGCUGCCGCGGGUGGUCUCCUCUCUGCAGAAGCCUCUCCUCCUCCCCCUGUCAGACCUCCAACUUGGCUCAGACCAGGACCAGAGCUGCCUCCGACUCCGAUGCAAGUCCUCUGACAUUCUGUGGGUCCUUUUUUCUGACCAGGACGAGCUACGAGUUAUCAGAGCUGAGCUGAUCAAACUCCUACAGAUGGACCCAGAAAGUCUCAGUGACCCCAUUCCAGGUCUGCCUUUAUCUCUGCUCAACUCUUGGGAGAUGGAGGAGUCCCGUUCAGCAGAGGGAGGUUUUAUGGCUCUGCUCUUCCUCUUCUCCCCCUCCUCCUCUGAGCUCCACCCUCUUCUACUUGACCUCUUCAGCCCAGCCCCUCUCCUGCCCUGCCUGCUGUUACUCUCUAACAGACAGCUCUAUGUCUGGGUCCCGGACUACAGAGACCACACUGGACCAGGUCUACAGCAGUCCUCGUCUCGCCUGGUCCGGUUUCCUCUGGGUUCAGUCAUAGUUCACAGGAAAGAUCAGAGCUGCUGCUGCAACAGUCCACAGCACAGACUGAGAUGGAGUCACAGUGUUCAGCUGCUACUGUGUGGACAGACGCUGCUGCUGCUCUUCCCUCUGCCUCAUGAUGGUGCCUCGUUCCAAGGGAAGCUCAGCCUCAGACGGGCCUCUCUGGAGGGGGUCCGGAUAGUCGCUCUGCCACAGACCUGGACUUCCAGAAUCCAGCAGUGUGGUCUCAGAUCCAGAGAGCAGUGCUGUUGUUCCCAGAUCACCCAUAGUGACAGUUUCUCAUCACUUUCCAUUUCUGUGGAAGAGAACCAGCCCUCCCCCCAUCUCACACCAGGGCUUUCCCCAGGACUGAAGCUCCUCUCUAGACUAAACUCUCAGCAGCUGCAAUCUCUCUUCCACAAACAUGUUGCUCUGACUGACGGUGAGGAGCUGAGGCAGGUCUUGUGGUUAUCUGUGGUUCUUUAUAAAUCUCCGGAGAUUGAACUCACCUGUUUGCUGCUGCUCUCCUCCAAUGCCAUCUACUUCCUGUUAGAAGACUCCGCCUCCUCGCUUGGCCCACCCUCAGACCUGGAGGUGCUGGAGUGUGCUGACCCCUCUGUAUGCCUGUGCUGCUGCCUCUCCAUCUCUCUGUCCCACAUUCAGUCUGUAAACGUGGGGCUGUUUGACCAGUACUUCAGGAUAGUAGGGAGCAGUGGUGACCAGGUGGUGUGCUGCUUAAGCCGGGACUCCUAUGGUACAGGGCAGUUUCUUCAAGAGCUGAUGUCGGUCCUCAGUCUCCAGCAGGGGGCGCCACCUCCGGAACCGUCAGAGCAGGACUUUUACUCUCAGUUCAACUGCUCAGGUAAGAUGCAGAACUAUGAGAUGGUCCACAGCUGUGUGAAGUUCAUCUACCCUAGUGAAGAGGAGAUGGGAGACCUAACUUUUAUUGUGGCUGAGAGGAAGAAUGGCUGUGCCUCUUCCUCACGCAGCUUCAACAUCCUCCUCUACCUUCUCGUGUUCCAGGUGUUACCUCAGAGCUCCGCCUCCUCUGGUUCUGGCCCCGUCCCCUCCAGCUCCUCUGGUCCAAUCCUGCAACCUCGGACUCUGAUCCUCACCAGCACAGAUGUGUUUCUACUGGAUGAGGACUACGUCAGUUACCCUCUACCCGACUUUGCUAAAGAGCCUCCAUCCAGGGAGCGCUACCAUCUCCGCGAGGCCCGACGUAUCCGCGACCUGGAUCGCGUUCUUUUGGGGUACCAGACUUACCCACAAGCUUUGACUUUGGUAUUCGAUGAACUUCCCGGUCCGGACCUGCUAUGCCCCCUUUCAAUAGACCACUUCUCUGCUCAGGCCACACCCACCGAACCAGUCACACCUGCGCUUGGAGGCGGAGCUAGGUGUCCAGGGAGCGGGGCCUACUCUGGAGAAGUGCAAUGGUGCGUUUUUGUCCCUUCAGCAGACAGUAGAGAGAGGCUAAUAUCACUUUUGGCACGGCAGUGGGAGAUGCUAUGCAGUAGGGAGCUUCCUGUUGAAUUGACUGGAUAAUAUAGACUCAACCAGAUGCCAUGCCAGAGUCCCUAAAUAAUUUCUCCUUGUUCUUGGUGCUCUGCUUGUGGAGGAACAAAACUCAACAAUGGUAAAGUUAAAGGAGACUGACCACUUCUCUAAAGUCUGGAAAUUUUCUGGAAAAACAUGGGAAGGUAUGGAUAAAAGUGGACAGCUACUAUAAUAAAGCUUGGAGUCAAUCAAUCAAUUUUGGGUUUCUUCCAAGUUUCAACAGAUCUUCAUUGGAGCACAGUGCACUGCCACCAUGGAGAGUGCACCAACCAUUAAGCAUACCAAACUUACAAUUUACAGACUCACAACAAAGGCUUUGUUUAUAAUGUUAUAAGCACAAAAACAUGACCAUCUGUAUUGGAUAAAACAAGUAUUUUUAAAGCAGUAUUCAAUAGCUUAUUUUUAAUGUCUUGCCUGCAUUUUGUUCCACAUUUCAGACUAAAGCACUAUUAAACUUUUCUUUUAUUUUCCCCUCAGCUUAUCCAUACAAUUUUCGUAAUUUUGACAGUGACACUGAAAAUGGAGAAAUAAAGCCACCUGUAGCUUGUUUAAAUAAGUAGGAUGUACCGUUUUCUCGCAAGACACAAAACUUUGUUUAAUUUCAUUCGCCCACAUGCUUAACACACACAUUUUGCAUAUUUAGGCUGAGUUCUAGUCUCACACAUAAAAAAACUCCACUCCUCCUAUUGGUCAAGCUCUGUCAUGCUCUGAUUUAAGAUGCUCAGAUUUAACCAAUGACAGAGGAAGCACCUAAAACUGCAAAUUGAAGUUAUAAAUGUUAAAUUCCACCAUUUAACACCUGUGUAAUCAUUCAACCAUGUGAAUCUUUGUAACCACUAUCAAUCAGAAUUACAAUAUAGACACUUUUUAAGACUUUGAAAAUGGCAAUACUACAACCAGGGCAAAGAACAUUAUUAUUUUAAAACAUCUUUCAAACCAAAAUGUAUCAAUUUGUGUAUUUUUUAAACUAAAACAUUUCUAUCCUGAAUUAUGAACUGUACCUUGAAACUGUUGGUUUACAAAACACACUAUAAUGAUCAGUUUUGUAUGAAGGAGAUUUAUGUCCAAGUCUUUUAUUGUUUUUGUACAGUAAUACAUGAGGAAAUUACUGAAGAUAUUUAUUAUCUGUUUACUUCAAUAAACAAAUACUAUUGAUAAA